AUGUCACGACCCAACGCUCCUGCCUCUCGACCAGGAGCAUCGAAACCUUCUAGUAAUCCUGGUCCAACACCUGCCGCGAAUAUACCGAGACGUAAUCCUGGUACUUUACCUGGUCUCGCUCGUACCGCAUCGUCCUUAAGACAAGGAUCACCCUUGACACCUUCAUCCUCCACCCUAGCCUCCCUACCUGCACACCUUCGGAACCUCUCAGCACCCAAGAUACCCUCACCUUUAGGUAGAGGUACACCCGCAAGAGGAGUCCGUCAGAGUUUACCUUCUCGUACAUCGAAAACGACCGAGAGACAUGUCUUAUUACCUGAAGAUCCGCAAUUAGCCCCUUUACCUAAAUCACCAAUGGGAAGUCAGGUCAAUCUCUUAUCGUCUUCUGCUCCUCCCCGCGCAGCUCCAAGUACAUCUACGAGGUUUACAUCAAUUGGUACGGGAGAUGAACGAAGUGACGCAGAGAAGAUGACAAAGAGGGAAAGAGAAGAAAAUAAGUUACCUAGAUUAACGGCUUAUGCUACUGCUGAAGGGUACAGGUUGAAAUUGCUUCAAGCUUUUUUGAAAAGAGAACAUGGCGUAGGGGUAGUCAGAGUGUUUGAUGACUGUGUUUAUGCCGUAUACAACCUCCCUCUUCUUCCAGGAUAUGGCGCAUCCACGAAAGUUCGUUCAUCCCCUGCAGUCAAAUCUCCAGGUGGCGUAUCAUUAUUAGAGAGAAUGACCAUGGCUGAAGAUCUGGGGUAUAAUGAUUCUUAUUUCCCGCGAGAAGAUCCAAGCGAAGCUACACCCGCGGAAUACAUCUUAUCGGCCACUCCGCCGAGUCCCAGUCCCAUCGCCCAUGGUGAUCUACUGAAUACCCUCGAACACGAUGGAGGCGAACAUCUCCAGAGCGAAGUGUUGGGAUUGAGUAGUAGGGAACAAGAGGAAAUUGCUAUUGCUCAAAAUACCCUCGAAGGUGAAUUACGUUCGGAAGGAUUAGAUCUGUCAUCUGAGGAAAUACCUAUACCGACCAGUGAAGACGAACAGAGGAAUUUGGGUACACAUGAAGAUAAUAAACAUCCAGGACAUCUCGAACAUAUCCCUUCGCAAGCAUUAGAACCCUCAGAUUUACCUUCUCCAAGUGAACACCCUUCACCUACAGCAGAAUCUUCUUAUUCGCACCACAAUCAGCAACAGCAUGAAGAACAUCGAGUCGUCUCGCCCGAAUCGGAGUUCUCACCUCAGCCCCAACCUGUAAAACGACCCAGAAGGAAAUCGCACACUACGCAGAAUGUGGCUGAAGCUGUCUUCUUCUCGUACGGCGUAUCGGUCUUUUUCGGAUUCUCGGAAUUAGAGGAAAGGGAGAUAAUGGAAGAUUGCGAGACAGCUAGUACGUGGAUUAGAGGGCUGGGCGAAGAUGAUUGGGAGAUUGAGGAGUUCCAUUACGUUUACGACUCGGAUGCUGAACAACCUAGGAUAUAUAAUGAUAUGUUCACUUUCAAAUCCCAUUCACAUCUUUUCAAGCUGUCCCUCGCCCAUGCUAUCGCCCAAUCCAACAAAUUAUCGAUAUACGAAUCGGUCAUGCAGGAGACUCUAUCUCUCACUGCGUCUUUCCCAAAAGAAUUGUCCACAACUGGUCAUCUCCAGCUGACAAGGAGGGAGGCGUUGAAGAUGACUGGAAGGUUGUUCAAGUUGAGGAUGGACGUGAAUCUGAUAGGAGGGAUAUUAGAUACGCCCGAACUAUUCUGGUCCGAAGCUUCUUUGUUCCCUCUAUACGAGGCUAUCCACGAGUACCUUGAGAUCGGGCCGAGGAUACAGGUGUUGAACGAUAGACUGGCUGUCGCUGGUGACCUGCUCGAAAUCAUUCAUGAAUAUAUAGAAGAAAGAGCCACGCACAGGAUCACAUGGGUGAUCAUCUGGUUGAUCGUCGUAGCUUGUUUCGUAGAAGCUGGCGAGGUGAUUGCUCGACUGGUCUUCCAUGCCAUACCGAGAGAAACGGGUGAAUUCUUGUUGUACAAAGCACCCAAGAUGAUCAUGGCUGGUGCUAGUGCAAGUGGACAAACACCGAUAUGA